UUUCGCUGUUCCUGCUCGUCUCCAACGCGGCUACGGAAACACUCCCACCGGGCCGAAUAAGAAACGUAACGUUAGAUGCGGAGAAGCUGUGGUCGACGUCCAUAUUCGGAUCCCACACGCGUCAACGUUCCAGAUGUGCGUCAACGAAAUGCCAGAUGUGCGGGGCUAAUUUGUUUCUGUGGCUAAGCUAGCAGCUUAGCUAGCGAGCUUAUCGGCCUGUCAUCUUCUCACUGACUGGUGUUUGAAAGCCACGCGUGGUGACUGCGUGCCAGAUGUGCGUGAAUCCGUGCACUCAAUACACGAAUGAACGGCUGAGGUUAUUCUGUGAAGGAACAAGACCGUCCAGAUGCAGAAGAUCAAGUCCCGUCUUAAGGUUGAGUUUGACGCUCUGGAGUCGGAGGAGAAGCACCUGAAAGAGUACAAACAAGAGAUGGAUCUGCUUCUUCAAGAGAAAAUGGCCCACGUGGAAGAGCUGCGGCUCAUCCACGCGGACAUAAAUGUGAUGGAGAGCACCAUCAAGCAGUCGGAGAAUGACCUGAACAAGCUGCUAGAAACCACUCGCCGGCUGCAUGACGAGUACAAACCUCUGAAGGAGCACGUCGAUGCCCUCAGGAUGACUUUAGGCCUGCACCGACUCCCCAACCUGAACGAAGAAGAAGAGAAGCUCUCCCUGGACUACUUUGAGAAGCAGAAAGCGGAGUGGCAGAAGGAGCCGCAUGAGCCCGCCAUCCCAGAAUCCCUCGCUGCCGCCGCAGCGGCAGCUCAGCAGCUUCAGGUUUCCAGGAAGCAAGAUGCACGCCAGACGGCCACCUUCAGACAGCAGCCCCCGCCUAUGAAGGCCUGCCUGUCUUGCCACCAGCAGAUUCAUCGUAAUGCUCCCAUCUGCCCGCUGUGCAAGGCCAAGAGCCGCUCCCGCAACCCGAAGAAGCCCAAGAGGAAGCCUGAUGAGUAGAUCCUACUUCAGCUCCAGUAGGGCGUUUAAAAGGGACCUGGUCCAAUACACUGAUCUAAGAUCAGCCACGUACACCACCACAGUGUGCGGCUGAAACUACAGGUCUGUGCUGCAGGACGAUUUCGCCCCGCUUUAACAAAUGAUCUUUUCAUAAACUGUCAACUGAAAAGGAUGCAGAAUCUGCUGGUGUCCUCGUGUCGUUUGGUCUUAUCAGUGCUUUGGAUGUUUGUCUGUCAUUUUCUGACUUUGAUAGGAUAGACCCUGAGCGUGUAACUGAAGUAAUGCAAAAAGGAAACGUCUAAAUAACUUUGCCCAUGUUGCCAGUGUUUGUUUUUUCUUCAAUAUUGUACUGUACAUUUUGUUUGCAAUGCAUGCUUGCUCCUAUGGCUGUCUGUCGUGUACUUUUAGUGCCAAUAUAAAAUGAAAAUUGGUUCGGUAGCGUUUAAAUAAAACCAUGUUGUUUUAAUAUUUACAGUGUUCAAGUGAGCACGGACAGGAUCAACAAAAAGCUCAGAAUAGUGUUGUGUGUUUAACUUUAAUAGAGUGAUAACAAUAAAUGGCUGUUUUUUGUACUAACCUUGUAAACAGUCUUUUUUUUUUUUUUUUUUUUUACACGGAACAAAGACUAGACGUUUGUUUUUGCUCCUUAGUGGUGUGAACACACACACAGCUGUGGCUGGCUGGUCACCGAGGACACCACCUCAGCAUAUGGAUUAGUGUUUAUUAGGUGGGUUUAUCCUGUGUGUCAAAAUAAAGAGAUGGGAAUAUGUUUGACUCCACCA